AUGACAGUCGCGGUCCUGGCGACCACAACGACCAAGACAAAGCGUCGCGAACCGCUGGGGACGAUCGCAAUGGCCGCUCCGAAGACACAAUCGCGCUCUGCGACCGCGUCCGGCGGGACUGGGAAAGCCAAGGAACGGAGGACUACGCGACUCAGCGCAAGUACACAAGAACUGGAGCAGACCACAAACAAGCUAGGGAAGCGGCCAGCUGUGGCAUACGAGGAGGAUGCAGAAGGGUUUCAGUUCUCACUACUACCAUCAAAGAAGCCCAGGCCGUCAGUCGAAGCGGUUCCAGAAAAUCCCCAUUCAGACGUGGAAAAUGCGCCUCCCAAGUCAACACCGAAAAGAGGACGGCCACGGAAAAAGCCAACGGGCGACGAGACCACUUCAAGCGCAGUGCCGGCAAAGGGGAAAAGCGUGGAGCUUCCAAAUAGGAGGCCCACGAGGGGGGCUGCAAAGACUACACAUACAGAACCUGAAUCUCAUCCGACAAACGCGAUCCGCUCAUCACGGACCCGCGACAGUCCAGAACACCAACCUGAGGCAAAGAAGCCGAGGAAAGCAGGACGACCACCAAAAGCCAAACAGCAUGCGCAAGUGUCUGAGUCAAAUGGAUAUAAUUCUCCAGAGCAACCGCCAGAGGGCACAAAGGUGGCACUGCCGGUGGCCGAUACUCCGGUGAUUCAGCGCAAUAAAGAGUUCAGAGGCGGGAAGGGUGAUAAAAGCGAUAAAGGGCGACGGCGAAGCAGCUUGAGUAUGCGCGGACGAAGGGCCAGUUUUUUAAUCGACUCAGGAACAUCAAAUGCGUUACCCCAUCGAGAAGUUGGUACAGCGGAUUUCUACAAGCAUAUCGCCGAUGACGGAAUCCCGGAGCCGCGAAGGAUGCGGCAAUUAUUGAUUUGGUGUGCGACGCGCGCAAUAGGGGAAAAGCCCUCAGGAGGCUCAAAUUCGGACGAUCAAAGUGCGCGCUUAGCAGCGCGUGUGAUUCAAGAGGAGCUUCUUCAAGAUUUCUCGAGCAACUCGGAGCUUUCCAACUGGCUCGGCCGCGAAGAUUUGAAUCCUCCAGCCGUUGUUAUCAAAAAGCCGAACCCGCGAAACCUACAGAAUACAGACAAGAUCAAGGAAUUGGAGGAGCAUAUACAGAAAUUACACAAAGAAAGGCAAUCUCUCAAUGCGCUUCUUCGACAGCCAGCGAUCCCAACCGUCAAGGCUAAACCACAAUCCGACAACCAACAAAAAGAUAAGCAAUCUUCACAUAAACCACAGCGCGAAGAAGUCGACCCCUCUCUCCUCGACCCCUCACAACAAGCCAUACUGGAAUCUCUCAAUCCCUCGAAUCAGCCAUCAGAAGGAGAAUCCACUACCCCAUCUUCAACCCGACCACCUAUCACCCCAUCUGCCGUCUCUGCUCAAUUAUCACGCAUCACAUCUGGGCUGGCACCGACGCUCGAUGCCUUUGCAGCUGGUGUACAUGACAUCGAACUAUACCGCGCCUCUGCAGAUACCGUUUCAUCCCGAAUAUUACGCAUCUGUGCACAGCGACUAGAAGAGCGCGAUGCGCAGAAUACGCAACGUCGCCUCGCAAUGGAAGGCAACGAUGACGAACACCCACCACCAACGAGAAUCAAGGAAGAUCUGGGUCUCAUUCUGGGAGCACUUAGUCGGGUGGAGAGACGAUAG